AUGGAAACUCUGCAACCACAACCACAGGAGCAAUCCACAAAGUUUACUACUAUUGUGAAAGCUUACAGGUAUCUUAGGAAGAAAUUCCCUUGUGACCGCGUAUUAGCACAAAGAGUAUUCAAAUCUACGGUCAACUCAACUGUUGCAUUCAUUUUCAUUCUUUUAAUCAAAGUUAGGGGUGUCCUUGGCAUAGACCCUUCAAUGCUGGCACUUAUAUCUGUUAUUGUACAUCCUGGUAGACGUGUGAGUGGUACUAUUCAUGGUAUUUCGUACUGUAUUACUGGUUUGAUAUUUGGGUUAGCCUGGGCAAUUUUCGGAAGAUUUUUGGCUCAAGAAUGUUUGGGUUCUUAUUGGAAAACAAUGACCGAAGAUGAGAUGUAUCAUAAUCAUUUUAUAAGAUACCAAUCUGCUUUAGGGAUAUUAGCUAUGUUUCAUACUAUUAUGCUGUUUAUUCAUGGCUGGUUAAGGUCUGUUAACGCAAGUUAUUUUGGGAUUGCAUUUCCAUUCUUUAUUGUAGUCCAUUUUGUAUUCAUGGCACCGUUGACAUACACGAAUGGUGUUAUUUCUGAUUCAUAUGCAACACCAUUUUACUUGGGUAUUGCUUUAAGUUUAUUUUUAAAUCUAGUAUUGUUUCCGGAAUUUGGUAGCUCUUAUUUGGGGAAUUCUAUAGUUGACACUCUAAAUCAUUUCCAUAAAGUAAUUGAUCAUUCAGUAAAUUUCUUCAUAUCAAUGGAAAAUGUAAAUGAUAGCCGAGCCUCCUUAUUAUAUUCAAAACUUCCUCAUUCUUUAGGCCAAUUAUGCAAUAUGAGGGCUACAAUUUCUAAAAAAGUAACAAAUUGCGGAUUGGUAUUCCAUGAAUCUUUAUAUGAGAUUUCAUAUUCUUAUGUAGCACCUGAAAGAUUGGAAGUCGUUAUUGAUAAUAUUAAACCAUUAUUAGUAUAUGUAAAUGGUCUAGUAGAUGCGUGUGAAUUAAAAUUUACUCUUUUAAAUAAGAAUAAAAAUAAUAAAAUGAACAUGAAAGAUUCACACACCACUGAUGAAUCAGUCUCUAUGGAUCAACCAAGUAUGAAUUUUGAUUUAAAAAUUAACCAAGAAAUUCAAUAUGCGGAUGCUGAAAAAUUAUUUGCAAUCUUAAACAAAGUUCGUCCUUCCAUUUUCAAAAUUCAUAUAAUGUUAAGUGAAUGUAUUUAUAACGCAAAAUUAGCAUUAGCUUAUUCCUAUGAUGUUAAUUUGAAAAAAGUUAAUUCAUGUUCAAUGUUCAAAGAUGGUAAUUUUAAAAAAUAUGAAAAAAAGAAGCAAGUAAGAGAAGAGAUCAACUUACAAGAUGAUAUUACUCGAUUGGAAAAUGUGUUAUUGAAGUAUAGUAAUAUCUUUAGAGAAGAAUUGGCUGAAUUGAAUCUUGAUUUUCUUAAACCUGACGAUGAAAUGUUUUUGUUCUCAUCCUUCUUGAUGAAUUUUAAACAAACUACAAAAUCAAUAAUAACAAUUUUAAAGACAAUUAAUGAAUUGACGGGAUAUAGAAAGCGUCAAGACGCAAAAGGUUGGCUACGGGGUAAAAGAGUUUGGUUCAACUUUAUGAGAAGUUUUAAAACUUUUAAAACUUGGGUAUUUAGAUCUUAUUCUAAAGGGACUAUUGUAACAGAGGGAGAAGCUUUCAAAGGUAUAAUUGGUGAUAAUUAUUAUUCAAAUGGUAAUAUUGCAAAUAGAAUUCCCCUUGAAGAGGAAAAGAUAGUGAAUAAUAUUCAAAAUGAUGCAUCUUUAUCUGGUUUAUCGGGUCUAGCAAAACUUUCGCAAUAUGGAUCUGCAACAAGUUUAAAUAAUCCAACAGCUCUAUCAAUUGAAGAAGAUUCCAAAUACAAAUACAAGAAUGUACAGUAUCAAAAAGAAAUAAAAACUUUUAAUAAAGUUAUUAUCUCGAUUCGUGAUUUCUGUAUCAGAUCAAAAUAUCAUUUCAGAUUUGGUUUCCAAGUUAUAAUUGCCAUGAUGUUAUGUACUUUCCCAAUGUUUACUCCGAAAUAUAGAACGUGGUAUAGAAAUUAUCGUGGUCCAUGGAUGGGUUUCGUGUGCAUUUUAUCGAUGGAACCAUCUGUUGGUGAUACUCUCUGGGUUUUCUUUUUACGUGGGGUUGGUGUAUUAACAGGUUCUGUGUGGGCCUACGUAUCAUAUGUCACUGCUGGUGGCCACCAACGUGACCCGUACUUGGAAACUGUCAUGACUUGUUUUGGUUCAGUUCCAGGUUUCUAUUUCAUGCUAGGUACUCCUUAUGUCAAAGCUGCAAUUAUUCAUAACAUUAGCAUGUAUGUUGUUAUGUUAGCUGCAAUUUUACAAUCAACUGUUCCAGGUGGUAUUUUAAGAAAUUUUGCAAAGAGAUGUUUAGCAAUCGGUUAUGGUGGUGCAAUUGGGUUAUUAAUUCAAUAUAUUAUUUUCCCAAUGAGAGCUAGAGAUCAAUUGAACUCUGAAGUUUCCUAUGUUUGUGGAUGUAUUGCAAAGAUGAAUAUUACAUAUGCUACUGCUUUAGAAGGCCAGGCGGGACAAAGGCAUCUGAGUAAUCCUCGAUUUCAAAAAUAUCUAAAAAUUUCUCAAAGUGCAAAGUCUGCAUUAGCAAGGGCUUCUACAUACAACGAUUUAGCGAAAAGAGAAUUUAGGAUAAAAGGGGAUUCAUCUAUACACAAAAUUUUUACUCGGAUUAUAUUUAUUUUAGGUCAUAUUAUUGACAGGAUGGACAAUAUUGCUUUGCUACGAAUCAAUAUUGGUAGUACGAUUUUAUCUGAAUUCAAUGAUUUGGUUCACCCCUAUAGAAGAGAAGUUGCAGCAAGCACCUCUUGUAUAAUGGGUAUGCUUCAAGAUGCAUUUAUAAACAAAACACCAAUUCCUCAAAAUUUACCCAGUACAAGAAUAAAACAUAGAAGAUUGGUGAACUCAGUUCUUACUAUUCUGGGUAACAGAUAUAGGACAGAGAUUGAUGUUAUUCGAAGAAAUUCUGAAAGAAGAGUCAAUCAGCUCUCAACAGUGAAUGAGACUGAUUCUUUAGAGAUUAGAACGGAAGAAGAUAGUACCAGUCUUAACGAAUCCAUUUGUGGAAGCCCACAUGAAUUUUAUUUAAAAGAAAAAUUUUUAAGUUGGAAUGCAACAAGUUCCGCUACUGAAGAAAUCAUUGCAUAUAUAGAAGAAUUAACAUAUUUAGCAAAAGUGUUAGUUGGUGUUAAUCAAUUUAAGUAUGGGUUCUUGUCUCGGCCUUUAUAUGAAGACUGGGCAGCUAAUGCUGUUACAGAUUUUGAAAAUUUUAUCGAUAUUAUCAAUUCUAGAAACGAUAGUCCACCUGUUAAUGAUUCUUCCCCGGUGGCAGAUGAAAUGAGAGAAGAGCUAAGUUUUCAAUCACAGCAUGACAGUGAAGAAGGUACAGUCUCUAUUGAGACUUUAGAGAACUUAGGGACUGACCCUGAGGCUUACUCUGGCAAUUCUAAUUCAGGCAUUGAAAGUGGUAUUAAUACUCCUCGUAAAGUAAAUUUACGCCGCAUCUCAACGACUCAAUUAGAACACGAAGAGAUUAAUAUUCAGAGUUCGUAUCGUAGCCGUGCAUUCUCAAUUGGUACAUAUGAAACACCAGACAGGUCGAAGCCAAUGACAAGAUCUGACAAUAGUGAAGAAUUGGAUAAUAUGUCACUUAAUGAUGAUAACAGCGACACCAUUGAUGAUAUUCCUUUAGCUAUGAAAAGAAUAAUAAGCAACAAGAGUAAGCAUACAGAAUAA